UGAAUGGCGGAGAUUAUAUCAACGCCCGAUGUGCAGCGGAGAUUAUAUUAAUGCCCGACUAUAUUUGGAUUUGGUCUUGAUCGUCGACCAAAUUUGGUCUGGAUUUUACUCUUUGAUCAAAUUUUGAUCGAUGGUCCGUCCCACUACGCCAGCCCACUCGAGUAAAAAUUUGAGUUUACUCGUCCAUUGCAGUUGUUCUAAGGGUACAACAUAGUUUAGGGCCCGAGAGUUUCUUUACAUGUUUUGGCUCUUCAUUGGUUCUUCCAUUUCUCAGUUCGUCUCCGUGGGAGCUUGAUUCUGCAGACAGGUUUACCUCAGUCAAAGAUGAAUAUAAUGAAUAAUCUUUCUUCAACUCUAUGUAGAAGAGGGAAUCUUAGAGAGCUAAUUACUAAUGUUUCCGUCUAUAGUGGUCUCUCUGAUGUUACAGCAGGAGAAGGAGUAGCAAGCUUGAUGAUUAGGCGCUGGGCUACAAAAAAGGCUGCUGGAUCCUCAAAGAAUGGUCGUGAUUCUAAUCCCAAGAAUUUGGGGGUAAAGAAAUUUGGCGGGGAGAGAGUAAUCCCUGGAAACAUCAUAGUACGUCAGCGGGGCACAAGGUUUCAUCCUGGGAACUAUGUUGGAAUCGGGAAGGAUCACACCUUGUUUGCACUGAAAGAAGGUAACGUUAAAUUUGAGCGUCAUAAGCUGAGUGGCCGUAAGUGGGUCCACGUCGAGCCCAAAGAUGGUCAUGUAGUUCACCCUGUCUAUACCAAUAAUGCCAAAGAAGGUCAUGUUAUCCACGCCGAUAAAACCCCUGUUGUACUCAAAACAGCCAAGGCUUAGGAAUUAACAUUUAGAAAACAACAUUGAAUUCUUCUAAUCCCUGUUCCCAUAGAGGAUUUUGGAGUGCUGUUCACUGCAUCGUUUACUUUACAGUGAAAUUUCAGGGUUUAUUUUAUGCAGUUGGGUAAUUUUUAGGCUGGAUUUUA